AUGGGACCGGACCAUGGUGUUCAGAGUCUGAGUGGGACCGGACCAUGGGGUUCAGAGUCUGAGUGGGACCGGACCAUGGGGUUCAGAGGAUUCAGACCACUGUCCUACAAAGUGCUUUUUACCUUCUUGCACCACCCGGGACCCUUCCUGCUGGAGUGGGACAGGCUGGCCCCCGUGGGUGAGUGGCUGCGCUGGGAUGGAGGCUGGCGGAGGUGGAGCAGCCCGCAGAGAGUGCUCCGAGCCCAGGGGCGCAGAGCCAGUGAGGGGUAUCCCAACGGGGAGGGGUGGGGGGGCUACAGCCAUGGAGCGCCAAUGGAGAUAGCAGCUCCCAUCGGGUCCGGGACGGCAGCGGUGGUGGUGGACCAUGGCGGGUUUGGGGGCCGGUACAAGGGCUCGGAGGGAGGCAGAGAGGUGGGCACCGCGGCGUGUUUCGGCCAGGUGUCCAAGCGGCUCGGGCGGCUGCUCAAAAGACUCCCCAAGUCCAAGUCCUGGAGCGAGAGUCUGAGGGUCCUGAGGAGGUCCGCGUCCAACGGGUCUCUACUCGCCAACUCAGCCCGGCGGAUCCACACCUCGAGCCGUGACGAUCUUUCCGUUCAGAAUCUGGACGGGUUCGAGGUGAAAACAGAUAAAGGACGUGAGGACAACGCCAAAGUCAACAGCUCAGGGGGCAUUACAGGGGGCAAUCUGGGAGACUGCAGCUACACGUGCCACCUGGAGUGUGAGAGCCACGUCCAGCUCGACUGUAACCAGAGACACAGAGAGCAUGAACGAACUACACCUCCCAGAAUCCUUUGCUCCACACCGGCACAGCCACAGUGGCCGAAUCCUUGCAUCCGCAUUCAGAAAAGAAGAGAGCAUUUUGAACAGCAGCUGUGUCAGUAUUACAUUAGCAUAAUCCAGACAGAGGGGUCAGGAGGAGGCAGGAGGAGGCAGGGGUCAGGAGGAGGCAGGGGUCAGGAGGAGACAGGAGGGGCAGGAGGAGGCAGGGGUCAGGAGGAGACAGGAGGGGCAGGAGGAGGCAGGGGUCAGGAGGAGACAGGAGGCAGGAGGAGGCAGGGGUCAGGAGGAGACAGGAGGCAGGAGGAGGCAGGGGUCAGGAGGAGACAGGAGGGGCAGGAGGAGGCAGGGGUCAGGAGGAGACAGGAGGCAGGAGGAGGCAGGGGUCAGGAGGAGACAGGAGGGGCAGGAGGAGGCAGGGGUCAGGAGGAGACAGGAGGGGGCAGGAGGAGGCAGGAGGAGGCAGGGGUCAGGAGGAGGCAGGGGUCAGGAGGAGGCAGGGGUCAGGAGGAGACAGGAGGCAGGAGGAGGCAGGGGUCAGGAGGAGACAGGAGGGGCAGGAGGAGGCAGGGGUCAGGAGGAGACAGGAGGGGGCAGGAGGAGGCAGGAGGAGGCAGGGGUAAGGAGGAGGCAGCGGUCAGGAGGAGACAGGAGGAGGCAGGAGGAGACAGGAGGAGGCAGGGGUCAGGAGGAGACAGGAGGCAGGAGGAGGCAGGGGUCAGGAGGAGACAGGAGGCAGGAGGAGGCAGGGGUCAGGAGGAGGCAGGGGUCAGGAGGAGGCAGGGGUCAGGAGGAGACAGGAGGCAGGAGGAGGCAGGGGUCAGGAGGAGACAGGAGGGGCAGGAGGAGGCAGGAGGAGGCAGGGGUCAGGAGGAGGCAGGGGUCAGGAGGAGACAGGAGGGGUCAGGAGGAGACAGGAGGAGACAGGGGUCAGGAGGAGGCAGAGGGCAGGAGGGGGCAGGAGGAGGCAGAGGGCAGGAGGAGACAGGGGGCAGGAGGAGACAGAGGGCAGGAGGAGACAGGAGGCAGGAGGAGACAGGGGGCAGGAGGAGACAGAGGGCAGGAGGAGACAGGAGGCAGGAGGAGACAGAGGAGACAGGGGGCAGGAGGAGGCAGAGGGCAGGAGGAGACAGGGGGCAGGAGGAGGCAGAGGGCAGGAGGAGACAGGGGGCAGGAGGAGACAGAGGGCAGGAGGAGACAGGGGGCAGGAGGAGACAGAGGGCAGGAGGAGACAGGAGACAGGGGGCAGGAGGAGACAGGGGGCAGGAGGAGACAGAGGGCAGGAGGAGACAGGGGGCAGGAGGAGACAGAGGGCAGGAGGAGACAGAGGGCAGGAGGAGACAGGGGGCAGGAGGAGGCAGAGGGCAGGAGGAGACAGAGGGCAGGAGGAGACAGGGGCAGGAGGAGACAGAGGGCAGGAGGAGACAGGGGGCAGGAGGAGACAGGGGGCAGGAGGAGACAGAGGGCAGGAGGAGACAGAGGGCAGGAGGAGACAGAGGGCAGGAGGAGACAGGGGGCAGGAGGAGACAGAGGGCAGGAGGAGACAGGGGGCAGGAGGAGACAGGGGGCAGGAGGAGGCAGAGGGCAGGAGGAGACAGAGGGCAGGAGGAGACAGGGGCAGGAGGAGACAGGGGCAGGAGGAGACAGGGGCAGGAGGAGACAGAGGGCAGGAGGAGACAGGAGACAGGGGGCAGGAGGAGACAGAGGGCAGGAGGAGACAGGGGGCAGGAGGAGACAGAGGGCAGGAGGAGACAGGGGGCAGGAGGAGACAGAGGGCAGGAGGAGACAGGGGGCAGGAGGAGGCAGAGGGCAGGAGGAGACAGAGGGUAG